CGACAGGAAACCUUCUAACGUCGAAGCAUGUUUGUCAGCAGUCAGCCUCUGUCUCACUCACAGAAAAUCCACGACCCUGGUAGAGUGAAACUUACAGAAGCCGACAUAGACGACAAUACAGCCAGCGAAGUUUUAUUUAAUGUUGGGUUGCUGGAAAUCGAUGCAAAUCAAGGAAUUUUGGAGAACGAGCUCGACGUAAGUGAGUUGGCUUCAAGUCUCUGCGGAGAAAAGGUCGGUGGUCGGAGACCAGAAGAAACCCUCUCGGCAGAACCAAGCACAAACGAUUCUAGUGACUGUGGGAGUCCAAGAGAAGAUUCAGUGGAAGACGUCUUGGCAUUAGCUAAAGAACGGGAAGAAGAAUCAGGGAAGUUAUCUGAUACAUUUGAUGAUUCUUCGUACGCUGGUUACAAUUCCGAUGCUGAUUCUUCUGAGUCCGCCUGUAAGAAAAAUGGACUCUCGAGUUCUGGAAUUAGCAAUCGCCAGGCUGAUUUGCUAGUAAAUCGAGUGAACAGGAAGCGGCAAGCAAAUGCGAGACUGGGAACAAAUGGUGGCCCAUUGAAGCAAUCUCGAAGUGACGUGUCCCAAGAACCUGACGAUGACAGUGACUGUGGCGUACACGGGGAAUACGAGCGUACAUUGGCCGUGCAAUUAAGAGCUGCAGCCAUUCUAAGUAACGGCAGCGAUCACUCGCUGCAGAUUGGCCAGUGCCUAACUUCCACGCAUGAAGUGAACAUUGGAAGUAUCCACACCACACUGAAGAAGAGUCCUAAUUUGUUCAAGUUCGGACUUUCUGAGACAAAAUCAACUUCAAAUAAUUCUGACAUCUCAACAGAUUCUUUGCCGUCACUAUUGUCUCUCCCCAUCGACCCCCGAUUUGCCUCGUACAAUCGACCACCACCGUCGCGUCCUAACAGCUACCGAUUCCAUCACUAUGAAAACGAUUUAAACACGGAAAGCUCGUACACCUUCACUGAUACUUCAUACAAUUCAACGUUUCAAAACCACCAUAUGAACGGUCAUCAGUCUGCGGUGGAGCUUAAAGCUACUUGUGCUUUCCAUGCCCCUCCGUGUCAUCAGCCGCAAGCUGAAGGGUCAUUUUCUUCAGCUCCUGCUAUCAAAAUAAGCUUGUCGAACGCUCCUCUGCAUCUGCCGCCUCCCAACAUACCACCUCCUAAUCUUACAAAAUUACUGGUUUCCUUUAAAUACUCUGGAGAAACUAAGCAAUGUGGUCAUAACCAAGUAGAAAAUCGUCAGGAUUCUUUCUUGCCUUUCAGUCACACUUCGGUCUCAAGCUCGUUCCCUUCUCUUCGGGGCUCCGACGAACUGAUUGUUAACGGCUUCGUGACUCAGAAGCCACCGAACAGACAGUACGCUCAAGCUCAAAAUAACGGACCGCCAUGCCCACAAUGUUCACAUUGUUCGUGUUCAGCAGACAAUAAAUUCAGUACUUUGGAUUCCGACAACAGCCAAUUUUUAAGGCACACAAGCGGCUUCACUGCAAGCAUCGCACCACCGCCGUCUCAACUGAACAACCUUCCUUCUUCUGCUCAGCAAACACCGCCGCAGGAUCAGAUCUCUUCGGUUUUGUACUGCAAUAAUUCGGUGCCUCCCCCUCCUGUUCCCCACUACAGUCUUCCCCAGUUCCCUCCUCCCUCUCUCCCACAGCAGGCAUUGCCCUCCAUCCUAUUUGGUGCCCAGCAGGGAACCAAUUAUUCGGGCGGUGGAGAGUCCUAUUCUGCGCCAGAUCACUCGUCCAUAGGUAUGAAAAGGAUGUCUGAGAGCGUGCAGUCCAAUGAAAGUUCUCCCAGCACCAAGCGCUCGCGCUCGUCGGGAGACGCUGAAGUGCGUCUGCUCAUCCAAGCCAAGACUGCUGGAUCUAUCAUAGGCAAAGGAGGCUCGAACAUAUCUCGUCUGCGCAGCGAGUACACGGCCACUAUUACCAUCCCUGAUUGUCCCGGCCCUGAACGAGUGUUGACCAUCCGGGGCGAGGAGAGCGUGGUGCUGAAGGUGCUGGAAGAGGUGCUCAAUGCCCUGGCUGAGGCCAUCCCUCGCACCGGCGAGAGCGACGUGCGUCUUCUGGUCCACCAGUCCCAGGCCGGUGCCAUCAUCGGCAAGGGCGGCGAGAAGAUCAAGGAGCUCAGGGAGAUGUGCGGUGGUCAGGUGAAGGCGUUCAGCAGCUGCUGCCCUCAGUCCACAGACCGCGUCAUCCAGAUAGCUGGCGACCGCGGCCGCGUGCUGCUCACGCUCAACACCGUCGUCGACACCCUCAGAGAGACGCCCGUCAAGGGCAUUGAGAACCCCUAUAACCCCUACAAUUACGAGGACUUCUUCGCCGCUGAGUAUGGCGGCUGGGGUGAGGGUAAAGGCCGUUUCCCUCGCGGCGGUGGACCUGGCAUGCCCCCGAUGGGUGCUCCCCCGCAAGGACCUAUGGGAGGACGUGGGCCCAUGGGACCUCCUCAAGGCGCUAUGGUACCGAGGGAUGGAGGCAUGGGACCUUUUGGAGAUAGGCGAAGGGGAGGAGGUCCGCCUGGGGGACCAUUCUCUCCCCCUCGUAACGGUAACGGCAUGAACAGAAGAGUUGGCGGAGGCGAGGAUUUCGACAUGAUGCCGAGCAACGGAGUGGGAGGUGUCAAAGGUGGUGGCGGCGGUGGAUACUGGAACAACAACCAGCCUAUGGGCAUGGCUGAGCAGAUCACGACUCAAGUGACGAUCCCCAAAGACGUGGCGGGGGCCAUCAUCGGCAAGGGAGGCGCGCGUAUCCGCAAGAUCAGAGCGGACUCGUGCUGCAGCAUCAACAUCGAGGACGCGCGCCCUGGCAGCAACGACCGCGUCAUCACCAUCGUGGGCGAAGACCAGCAGAUCAAAUACGCACAGUACCUCCUGCAACAGAGUGUUCGCGAGUUUGGCGGUCAAGGUGGCCGACGUGAGAACUACUAGAGUCUGCCUCAACAUCGUGCAUCAUUUCCGCCUUCUCCGCUUACACACCAGAAACGGAGCGAUUCAUUCAAUUCACGGAGCGAUUCAUUCAUUCACGGAGCGAGUCACUCGAUUCACGGAGCGAGUCACUCGAUUCACAGUCGAGGAUUCGCUCAAUUCAAGCCACUCCGGGUUGUAUUUCAAUGUUCUUAUUUUGUUUAGAAAACCAUACCUGCCGAUUGCAUUUUCCAUGCAGUAAAUAAAUUUUGGAUUUUUAUUGUCAUCUCUGCUAAUUAAUCGUCAACAAUAUAGGUACUCUCCUGAGAAAGUCUGGAUGACAUUUUUACUUUCAUUAUCAAAAUUAACAACCUCCCAUUGAAUCUUACCUGAUUUUACAGUCAGAGAAACUUCCAUUGUUACUCUGGGAGUCCUGCAAUUGUUCUUGUUUGUACAGCGGUGUACGCUUUGCCUGCUCGCAAAUAACAGAACGUAUUUCUUCGACUUUUUUUUUACCUCAAUGUUGUUGCUCUGAUGUUCUACUGUGUUCGCGUUUCCUCAACUGGGCAUUCUCUGAGCUGCAUUACAAGGGGAUUAUCCACAAAAGACUGUUGGGUAGCUGUUUACUUUUUAAAAAAGAGCUGCAUUUUUUCUCUGAGCUGCAUUACAAGGGGAUUAUCCACAAAAGACUGUUGGGUAGCUGUUUACUUUUUAAAAAAGAACCCGGUACUUUUUAAAAGAGAACCCGGGUUCUAUGAUUUUGUAUCUUUUUUGCAUACAGUACCUUUGUUGAAGAAGUAGUAGCAGUUUCUGCAAAAAUGUCGAGUUGUACAUGUUCUUGUUCUCUGUAAACUGAGGGCUUGGAAGGAUGAGAACGAGUAUACGAUUGUGCUUCACAAUUAACUGUUCUAAUCCGAGUAACUUCUUGGUCCUCCCGCUGCAUAAUAAGUGGGCAUUUUUAUAUAUUUUUUUUAGCUUGGUGCGUCUUAGCAAAGUUAACAUCGUUCAUGUCUAGAGUAGCUCGGUUUAGCUCCGGAAUUCGUAUGUCAUUCUAAUGUCUGUAUACAAGAUCGAUUGCGUUUUGAUUGUUCUUCAAUAUAGUUGGGGGCUUUAUAGUAUGUUCGGUAUUAUGCGUGUCGUGGCAUAACUAAUCUUGAUGCAUUGCUGAAAUGAUAGUUUAAACGAGAAGCAUAGUAGUUUUUUUGCAGUUUGUUAUGAUAGGCUAUUGUUUGUAUAUUUUACUGAGCUUCUGAGCACGUACCGCAAUGUUAUCCGCAGCUCUCAGUUCGGUGCUGUAACAAUUCAAUACUCGUUCACUAUUCUGAUCUGAGACGAAUAAAUGAACGAACAGAUUUAGCUAACAUUAAUGCACGCUCGACUAGUUACCACCAUGUAAAAAGCUUGGCGCCAACAUAGCGAAUUGACCGUUUAGUAGGAAAGCGCCUUGGCGACGUUCAUGACUUCCUGUCGACCAAUAAACUGCUAAGUGACACGUGACUGAUCAGGUAAGAUCUAUGUUCGUUCUGACGCUAAGUGUUGGGGGUUUAUUUGGCCUCAACAAGACCAAGUCUCGCGCCGCCUUGUUUGAAAGAAAUUAAAAUUACUUGUAUGAAAUAAAUACUGUAUGAAAUUAGCAUGCGUGAUCACGACUGGUUGAAUAUUUUCAACACAAAUACAUUCUUUCGUUACCAAUGUUUCGCAAUUCGUUAAUUUUACUUUGUUUACCUUAUCUUAGUGCUGGUAGUGAUGCCUCUUGUGUGUUGUUGCGUGUUUGUUCACAAUAUCAUUUGGUGAGAUGUAAUGUGACGUUGUAAUUUGAUGACCUAAUCUUUGAGUUAGGUCCUCAAGCCUUGACCUGUCGUCGGGCUUUUAUUGCUUGAAGAAUUCAUCAAAUUCGUUUGAAUACCUCGCUCCAGUUUAUUGAAAGUGAGGUGUAAAAAUAAAUUGUUUAAUUGAGGUGCAUCAGCUCUUUUUAAACAUUAGUAUUUCAACAAGAAAAGUAUCAACUGCACUAAUUUUCGGAAGAUAGCUGAGGCAGGCAUGCUUGCCUGAUAAUGGGUUCUUGAGGAACCUUCUAUAGCAUCGUAAUGUAAGCUAAAUGCUAUAUUCUAUCAUACGUACCUACAUACCCAGCUACAGACUUGUAAUUGUUGUGUUAAGAAUGUUAUUAACUAUAAUAUGAAUACUUUUCACCUACGUUAACUAUAGCAAGCAUAUUGGUUAAUAUUGCACGUCACUUUAUUCAACUAUACUCGUAGUAAUGUUGCGCCAGGAGCAGUUAAUUGUAAUGCCACAUCAAACGCCUGCUUAAUAUGCUCGCUCUAAAUGUUAAUCAAAAGUGAGGGCCUUACGUAUGCUGGAGUCCAGCACCGCUGCUGUCAAACGCCAUAUGGUCCGUCCUGCGCCGCUAUAGCGCUAUCCUUUCAUCAGAAUACGGUUUCUUAUUCACACCAGCGCUCUUGAUGAGCAUCUAUGAACCAUGAUCUGACACGAAUUCGCUGCUGCUGUGGCUCCAAAACUGUGGUUAAUGCCAUCAUAUGAAAAUCUUGGCACCGCUAUUACUAGGGGGGGUUUUGUUGGGUGCUGUUGCAGGCUAUAUUUUCUCGGGAGUUUCUCGGUGUCGCAGUACCAAUACCUCAAAAGUAAAUCAGGCAUCAACAUUACCAUCAUCCCGAGUCAAUCGGAGAGUAUUUUGGUAUCCGGGCUGUUCACAUUCCACGAUUAUGAUCACUAGUGCAAAUCUGCUUAUCGUGCCAGUUUUGAAAUCUAAUCGAUGCUAUUUUCGUGCAAGAAUUGUCGCUAAUCUUCAGGAUAUGAGUAGCUUGAUUCUGCAGACGCAGCUAAUGUGUUGUCGAUUGUAUACAUUAGUGUGCGAUGGGCUCUAAAAUGAAUAGAUUUCUUAUAGAAGGAAUUCUGUAUUAUUUUGGUUAAAUUUCGAAAUGUUGAGGUGCAGUUUUUUCCAUGGGUUCAAUUUUCUACACCUAAGACGCCGUAUUUGUAGUGAGUCUGGUUCGUGGAAUUUUAAGCCAGCAUUGUCUGCCUGUAAAUUGCCUGUUACUCAAAUGACUGAACAAGUCACAUCGGACGGCACGGAUUCACGGCGUGGCAACUCCAAUCACAUUCUGAUGUAGUCUCAAUUACGCGACAGGAUUGCAUUAUUUUGCGUCGGCCAUAUACAAAAUGAAUUGAAAAUCUUAACUGUAUUGUUUACAUUAUAUGUGAUGCUACUGAACCGUUCUACACUAUUACUUAGUCAAACUAACUUCGAUUCGAGCCUUCCGUGUCGCAAUGCAUUUUUUCUAAUCACUUUGCGAGUGACAGCCUCAUCGCCUGCGUUGACCAGGUUACGCAAAUUGUUACAUGCGGAUUCACUUUUUGUAAGAAAUUAUUUGAAAGUGUACAUUUGUAUCGUUAUUGAAGCCGCAGCAUGCUACCAUAUGGAACAGGUGUUAACUAGACUCUGCGUGUCGACAGGUCUUUUCACGCUAGCCGUCCUGAUAUUUCCUAAGCUUAUCUCAUAAUAUAUCGUUCUAGGGUUGAUCAAUAUGCUUGUAUCUCGCUGCAAAACUAUUCACUGUCAGUUGCAGUUGCUGCGAGCUGGCCUAGUCUACAGGAGUUUUGUCCCUUAGUGCUACGCCAGACUGGCAAGCUCGCUAAUGCAGAUGGACAUGUCGGUGGAUACGUUCAAAUUUGCUACAUGCGCUUGCUAAUUUAGUGGUGUAAACAAUAGUUAGUUACAAAUAAGAAUUCUGUAACCUGGAAGUCUUGUUUACUUUUUGACAACAAAUUUUUAGUGAAACUCCAUCAGAAGUUUGAUAAUUUUUUUUUUUACUUUUAACUCAUUGGUUCGAAUAUUGACGCAACGUUUGUUGACUACAAUGGUCCCUGGAGACACCUGCUCCCUGGAGACGCCUGCUCCCUGGAGACACCUGCUCCCUGGAGACACCUGCUCCCUGGAGACACCUGAUCCCUGGAGACACCUGCUCCCUGGAGACACCUGCUCCCUGGAGACACCUGCUCCCUGGAGACACCUGCUCCCUGGAGACACCUGCUCCCUGGAGACACCUGUUCCCUGGAGACACCUGCUCCCUGGAGACACCUGCUCCCUGGAGACACUUGCUCCCUGGACUUGUUCAACCUUCAUCAAGACGCACUCGAUUAAGAAUUUCCUCAAGAGUUGCACCUUCACUUGACUCGGCUAUUUGGAUAAUAUUUGGAAAUGUCAUUCAUCUGCAGUUGUUCACUUCAAAUGAUCGCUGAGUACGGUCGCAAUGGGUUGAGUUUAAAUGAUCCCAUGCAACAUAGCCUGAAUAAUUUGUCCAGGUCAUGGACAUGUUAUUCAGGCAUCAAACUCACGUUAGUAAGACCUAAAUUUCAUUUAAUUGGACAGUUGUUAAAGUUACCUUAGUUGACAUAUUUAGGAGAGCAAUCUGUUGACCGUUUAUUUUCCUGAAUGUUUAGAUGUUAUCGAUCAGUUUUAUUUCUAAUCACGAUACACUGGAUGUGCUCAGACAAAGCGCGCCUGAAUCCGCUCCCGCUUUUUCGAACAUUUACGUCUCGAUCGAUCCCUUCAUUGAGUGGCUCAUGCUACGCUGUGUGCAGGAGUGGAGGCAUUGCUAUACGGUACUGCUAGUGGAUCACUGAAGCUCCGUUUACUCGUUCAACUGUAUUGAGCUCGUAGUGUUCUCUUCUGAAUAGCGUGAAGAGUGCCGACAUCGUUCAUAUUUACGCGAGUCUGCUUGUAGUGGUCAGAGGUUGAAGAAAUGUUAGUUUUCUGACGAGCCAACACUCGACCAACCAUUAGAUUUUUCUGGACCAUAGAGAGGCAACGUGUGUGCCGCUCUGUUUAGCGUGUAGUGUCUUGUAGAACAUUGCGCACUCCCUCGCAAGAAACUCGGCAGCUAGUUUAUUCAGUUUUUUUUUUUUCAUGAGAAAUCCAAAAUAUUCUGAUGAAGCAAUCCAUGUUUGGAAUGGGAUGGUGGCGUGAUGUUCUCUAAAUUAUAUUGUGUUCCUUGUUGACCUUUGCAAUCUCUAGGUGAUAUUAUUCUUCGUUUGUUUAUUCUUCUUUGCUGGUGAUCCAAUCUCAGUAAGAAGUUGACGGUUGUCUCUCAAUUCAGACUUAGGUUGAAGCUCUUACUAUAACUGCCAUGAGUUCUUGCGUGGGGCUGCGAGGCGUACUGCUCUCGUACCGAAUAGUUUCAUCCGUUCCAUCCAGACUAGUGUGUCCAAUAGUAUAUAGGAGUAGACCCUAAACAACUAUAGACCCCCAAACAUUUCGUGUCAGUAAUCUCUUUUGAAUGUUGAAGCUGUUAUAGCUAAGUAGCUCGAGGUUAUUGAACCGUUUACUAAACUUUGGAUAACUUUCUUUGUCACAUUUUAUCAACCAGCACCGUCAAUAGGCUUCUAUUUAGAGCAACUACCUCAAGUUCUUAUCAGAUGGUUAUUUCUGGAGCCAAACAUUCAAGUUGGCGCCCAACAGUUCUUCUAUUUAUACAGAUGUUACUGACUACAUCCAUGCUGAUUCACGUUAUUAUUAGGUUAUUGAAGUUUAGAUGAUUCGUCGUCUUAGAUGAAGAGGCUCUCAACUAUUAUCUUGUGUAGCCUUCUAAUUCAUUCUAAGUCCUCGUUUACGUCUAAUGUUGGUUUUUUUAUUUUUAAGUCUUGAGUUAGUUUGAAAAUACCGAUGGAUUUUGUUGAUGCUUCGAAUGCUAUUUUGCGGGACUAAUGUCAUGACUUCGCUUAUUUUUGCGUUGACAAUUUGAUUGAGAGGAUUUGAUAAAAGCAAGUGCGUGAUUUAGUGAACUGCUCACUGAGCUUUUAUCUGCUCUUUAUUCCAGAUAAUUCCCUUGUCUUCAGGUUGACGCGCUAUGAACGAUAUAUUUGCGUUGCAUUUAGUUCAGUAAAUAGUUCGUAUGAUCAAGUUAUCGUACUUCUCCUCCCGCUUCAUUAUGAAAUGAUCUUCCUAUUAAUUUCAGAAUCAUUCAAGACAUGCUUGCGUGGAGCGUUCAUGUGCUUCAUCUAUACCAAAUGUUUUUGUCCCCGACAGAACGUUGCGGAUUAGGGACUAAGUUUGAAGAAGUGAAUAUUGUUGAGUAUAGAUGACAUAGCCAUUUGUUAAGGUAAAAUAUCCUUUCAUUUUGUUAAUCGAAGCGAGCUGUUCACGUCUUAACCCCACCUCCCCAAUUGCCCUUCCAUCCCGUAGUCUGUAGUGACCAUCUAUCUAAGCGAUCGCUGCUGCGAUGUAGAAGUCGUCACGCUCGAGCCUUAGCGAAGCUUCGUCUCCAGUUACAUUACUUCGUUAUGGCCGAAGACUAGGAAUUGAUAUUCUGAAACUUGACGUCGAUCGGCAUCGUGGUUGCUAUCUUUACUUAGCGUCCAUCAUACACUAUGUGAAGCCAUCCAUUUUGUAAUGUGAUCGAUGUAUUUUGCAUUCAGACAUGAAUAAAUAUUCACAUAAUG